UGCAUGUCGUGUCGUCAAAAUUUUGUCGCACAUUUUGAUAUAUAUGUCUUGGAAAGCAUAAAUUAAUGUCAUAUUUUAUUCAAUAUACACAAUAUGAAGUUUUUAAUUUGUCUUACACUUGUGAUUUGCGGAGCUUGUGGUGUCCUCUCUGCACCCGAUUCGAUUCAAGAUACUUUAAAUGAAUUGGUCGCUGCAGUAUCUUCUACUGCAGCACCUUCUACCGCUGCCUCUUCUACUGCAGCAUCCGAUCCGAUUCAAGAUGCUUUAAAUGGAUUGAAUCAGCUCUCUGCACCCGAUUCGUAUGAAGAUGCUUCAAAAGAUUUGAAUGAUUUGAUCGCUGCAGCAUCUUCUACUGCAGCACCUUCUACCGCUGCCUCUUCUACUGCAGCACCUUCUACCGCUGCCUCUUCUACUGCAGCACCCGAUCCGAUUCAAGAUGCUUUAAAUGGAUUGACUCAGCUUGGAAAAGAUUUGGUAAAAAACAUUAUGGACGCAACCAACGGUCUAUGGCAGUCAAUGGCAGUCAAUGGCUCAAAUAGUCUGAUUGGAUCAGAAGCUGGUAGUGGACUUUUAACUCCUAUUCUUUACUUGAUAUCUAGCACAGUACAAAUUGUCAUUAAUGGUUUUUCAAAGCCAAUUUUUGAUGCAAUCAAUAAUUUAGUACGCAGUGUUACAAAAAAUGUAACUGAUAAAGUCACUAAAAUUUCAAAUUUAACAUCUUGUGCAAAUAUUAAUAAUUCAACUCUCAAUAUUGAAGAGCCAAUACAAAAUUUAUUAGAGUGUGCAAAAAAUUCACUUGAUCAAGCAAUUCAACCUGUAAAUCAAGGUGUGCAAAUAAUUAAUCAAAUUGGAAAAGCAGUAUCUGAAGACAUCGCUAAUGCAUUAAAGUGUGCUUCAACUCCAAUUUUCAUUUUUCCAAAUGUACUAUGUUUCGCCAAUUCUGGUCUCCAAACAGUUUUACAUGUUUUUUCCACUGCUGGCAGCAUUUUUAGCUUAGGUGCAACCAUAGUCAACAAUGUAUUGACUAUUAUCCCAAACAAUAUUCAAUGUACCAAUACCCAAAUCAAUAAUUUGGCUCAAAGUAUCUUCAAAGCUGGCGGUAAUGUCGGUCAAUGUUUAUCAUAAUAAAAUUUUGUUUUG